GCGGCGCGAUGGGCCCGGGGCAGCCGCCUCGGUAGCUCGGCCGGAGCGGCGCCGGGAGCUGGCGGGCGGCGGGCGCGGAGGCGGCGGCGCUGCCGGAGAUGCGCCCCGAGGAGGGCGGCGCGGCCGGGCUGGGCGAGCUGCGCUCGUGGUGGGAAGUGCCGGCCAUCGCGCACUUCUGCUCGCUCUUCCGCACGGCGUUCAGCCUGCCGGACUUCGAGAUUGAGGAGUUAGAAGCAGCUCUUCACAGAGACGACGUGGAGUUUAUCAGUGACCUGAUCGCCUGCCUACUUCAGGGCUGCUAUCAGCGAAGGGAUAUCACGCCUCAGACCUUCCACAGCUACCUGGAGGACAUCAUCAGCUACCGCUGGGAGCUGGAAGAAGGGAAGCCUAACCCCCUGAGGGAAGCCAGCUUCCAGGACCUGCCCCUUCGCACCCGUGUGGAAAUCCUCCACCGCCUCUGUGACUACCGGCUGGACGCAGACGAUGUCUUCGAUCUCCUCAAGGGCCUGGAUGCAGACAGUCUCCGUGUGGAACCGCUGGGUGAGGACAACUCCGGGGCCCUCUACUGGUAUUUCUAUGGGACGCGAAUGUACAAGGAGGACCCAGUGCAAGGAAAAUCCAACGGAGAGCUCUCUCUGAGCAGGGAAACUGAAGGACAAAAAAAUGUCUCAAGUGUUCCUGGGAAAACAGGGAAAAGAAGAGGAAGACCCCCAAAACGGAAAAAACUGCAGGAGGAAACUCUAGUGAGUGAAAAGCAGGAAGAAAACUCCUUAGCAUCUGAGCCGCAGACAAGAAAUGGGUCCCAGGGGCCAGGCCAAGGCUCCUGGUGGCUCCUGUGCCAGACAGAAGACGAGUGGAGACAGGUCACCGAGAGUUUCCGGGAGAGGACCUCCCUGCGAGAGCGGCAGCUCUACAAGCUCCUCAGCGAGGACUUCCUGCCCGAGAUCUGCAGCAUGAUUGCCCAGAAGGAGACCCCUGUGCUCGGCAGGAUAGAGAAACAGAAGCGCAGGGCGGAGGAGGAGGAGCGCCAGAUCCUCCUGGCGGUGCAGAAGAAGGAGCAGGAGCAGCUGCUGAAGGAGGAGAGGAAACGGGAGCUGGAGGAAAGGGUCAAGGCCGUGGAAGAUCGCGCCAAGAGAAGGAAGCUCAGGGAAGAGAGGGCCUGGCUGCUGGCUCAGGGCAAGGCGCUCCCCCCCGAGUUGUCCCACUUGGACCCUCCCUCCCCUCCGCGGGAAGAGAAGAGGACGAGAGACCCCUUUGAGCUGGACGACGAUUUCACUGCCAUGUACAAAGUUCUGGACGUGGUGAAGGCUCACAAGGAUUCCUGGCCCUUUUUGGAACCAGUGGAUGAAUCGUAUGCCCCUAACUAUUACCAGAUUAUCAAGGUCCCCAUGGAUAUUUCAAGCAUGGAGAAGAAACUGAAUGGAGGUUUAUACUGUUCCAAGGAGGAGUUUGUGAAUGACAUGAAGACUAUGUUCAGGAACUGUCGAAAAUAUAACGGGGAAAGUAGCGAGUACACCAAGAUGUCGGACAACCUGGAGAGGUGCUUCCACCGCGCAAUGCUGAAGCAUUUUCCUGGUGAGGAUGGGGACACGGACGAAGAAUUCUGGGUCAGAGAGGAGGAGAAGCGGGAGAAGAGGCGUGGUCGGGCUGCACGCAGCCACGUGUGCACCCGCUCCCGGGACUCGGAGGCGCCUGGCCGGAAGCAGCAGCCUGCGGAGAACGGGGGGAAGUCGCUGCCCCCUGGGCGCCGCGCUGCAUCCUCUGCGGCCGGUGAGAGCCGCGGCUCUGCGCAGCCCCCUGGCGAGGUGGGCAUCCCGAGCAGCCGCAGCCUCCCUGGACCCCUGCAUUACGGUGGACCCAGCCAGGCGCCCCUCGCAAGCCAGCUGAGGCCAGCAGGACAGGGAACGUUUUGUCCUCUCCGAGGGUCGGAUCCUGCCACCAUCCGUGUCUCCUCUGGAGCCCCAGAGCCGCACCCCGGCGGGCCUGGACAGCAUCCCCAGCCUUUAGCAGUGCAGCCUCCAGCUGGAAUUAACCAUCACCGAGGCCCCCCCGACGAGAAGCCGGUGUGCGGGGGCCUAGCGCCCCUUGCUGACAUGGGAUCGCGUCCUGGACCCUCGCUGCUCGGGCAGAUGAGCAGCCCCAGCCAGGAGGGGACUAUGUAUCCUCCAGCUCAUUUCCAGCCAGGCUUUAUCCCUCCCAGGCACGGUGGGGCUCCGGCCCGACCCCCAGCCUUUCCUGAGAGUUCAGAAAUCCCUCCCAGCCACAUGUACCGAUCCUACAAGUACCUGAGUCGAGUACACUCUGCAGUCUGGAAUGGGAAUCACGGUGCUACAAAUCCAGGACCCUUGGGGCCAGAUGAGAAGCCCCCCAUGGUGCCAGGACCCUCUCACCAGCCUCGCACUCUGGGUCACAUGAUAGAUUCCCGAGUGAUGAGAGCACCCCUCCCCCCAAACCAGUGGCCAGAACAAUCAGGCUUCCUACCUCACGGAGUUCCUUCUUCGGGGUACAUGCGACCACCCUGUAAACCUGGUGGACAUCGGUUCCAGCCCCCUCCAGCACCAACACAAGGUUCUCUCUUUGGAGCACCGGCCCAGGCCCUGCGGGGAAUGCAGGGCGGGGACUCCAUGCUGGACAGCCCAGAGAUGCUCGCCAUGCAGCAGCUCUCCUCGCGGGGGUGCCCGGCAGGCAUGCCUUACCGCCCCCGCCAACCCGUGCCGCCCCCUGCGCCUGGCCCUUUCCCCCCAGUGGACGUGGCGGCCCCCAAGCCUGCCUCGGGGGACCCUGGGCGGACACAGGACAGCAGGGAAACACUGGAGCCUGAGAACGGCCGAGCAGAUCCCUUGCCUGGGCUCGAGGAGAAACCAGCCAGUGUUGGUGCUUUGGAGGGGGCGUUCCUCAAGCAGCUACCUCACCCCGCGCCCCCACUGCAGGCCGACUGUGCCAGGCGGAGCUCGCCCCAGGGAAGGGAUUCGGAUGGCCCAGAGCUCAGGCGCGAGUCCUCGGAGCCUGGAGACAGCUGCCCAGUGAGCGCGGGCAGGGGCGCCUGGCUCUCGGGGAGCGGCUUCGCAGGCCCAGCCGCCCAGGGGUGUGCCCUAGCUGACCCGGGGGCACUGCCUGAAAACGGACUGAGGGUGGAAGCCUCCCUGUGUGGGUCCGAGGGCAAGGGCAGAGCGCCACCAGAGGCCAUGCCACCCGCCGAGCCCACGUGCGCCCCCCUGUAUGCGCCUGGCCUGGAGUACCCCAGCUCCACUGCACGGUACCACGUCGGCCCAGGCCUGCAGGCUGUGGGCCCCGUGAUGGGGGGCAAGCCCUCAGCCCCGCACCCUCAGCCUUUUCCCCCUCGGGCGUUUCCGUCCCACGACCCUCAUUCUGGAGUCUUCCCCCGGUACCGCCCCCACCAGGGAAUGAGGUACCCCUACCAGCCGCCACCUCAGCCUUCCUACCAUCACUACCCGCGGACUCCUUAUUACUCGUGUCCACAGGGCUUUUCAGACUGGCAGAGACACCUCCCUGCCCCGGGAAGCCCGAGCGGGCCCCCGCCGGCUCAGCCUGCCCCUGCCAGGCCCCUCUUCCUCGAUAAGAGCGUUGGGGCUGGGCUGCAGGGCUGCGAGGCACUGAGCGCUGCCUUAACUUCCCCCGCGCGGGUGGACACCGUGGUCGCCAAGACAGCUGAUGGGCAGAAUCCCGGCCCAGAGGAGAAGCAGGAGGAGUCUAUGGAGAGGCCAGAGAGUCCCAAAGAAUUUUUAGAUCUGGACAACCACAAUGCAGCUACCAAGCGGCAGAGUUCGCUGUCAGCCAGCGAGUAUCUCUACGGAACGCCCCCUGCACCGCUGAGCUCGGGGGUGGGCUUCGGUUCGUCUGCUUGCCCCCCGCACGGGGUGAUGCUGCACGCGGGGCCUCCUUACCCGCCGCAGCGGCCGGCCGGGCAUUUCCAGCCCAGGGCUUACUCCUCCCCCACGGCUGCUCACCCACCUCACCGCCCAGUGGUGGCCCAGCCCAAUGGCCUGUCCCCCGAGUGCCCCCUCUACCGCUAUCCAGAAGAGGGCCUGGGCCACUUCCAGGCUGUGAUGAUGGAACAGAUGGGCCCUGGAAGUGGGGUGAGGGUGCCUUUCCAGGAGAUGUACAGACCGUCCGGACUGCAGAUGCACCCGGCCCAGUCCCGGCCCUCGUUCCCAAAGACGCCGGCACCAGCAGCGCCACAGGAGGGGCUGCCACCACAUAAGCCCCCAACACUUCCUCUCGAUCAGAGCUAGUCCAAGGAGGAAACAAGCCCCAGGGAAACAGAAAGCUGCAUAUGACGAGGGUGGAGAAUGGGGAGGAGGGGGGCGCAGCCCCACCCACCUCUCCCGUCAUUGGCAUCACUUCGUGCGUCCCAGAGCCUGGA